CUCAGGAUGAAGGUGUGGGCGAGAUCAGCUCGGCCCUGGCAGGUGGCCCUGCUCGUCGCCGUGGUGAUGCUCUGCGCUGACCCUGUGUCCGCCGGCAACCGUAACCAUCGGGGACAGACAGUGGCCUACCAGGUGAAGCAGGGGACGUGCGAGGUGGUGGCCAUCCACCGCUGCUGUAACAAGAACAAGAUUGAGGAGCGCUCACAGACGGUCAAGUGCUCCUGUUUCCCGGGCCAGGUGGCCGGCACAACCCGGACCAGGCCCUCCUGUGUGGAAGCCUCCAUCGUGAUCCAGAAGUGGUGGUGUCAGAUGCAUCCCUGCAUGGACGGGGAGGAGUGCAAGGUCCUGCCCGACCUGACCGGCUGGUCAUGCAGCACUGGCAACAAGGUCAAGACCACCAAGGUCACGCGAUAGCAAGAGAGGCUCCGAAGGUGCAGAGCAGCUGUUCAGGAGGAGAGACGACACAAACAUAUCUAAUGGAAUGGAAGCUGACCGAUCAUCACCAAACUCAACGGAAGCGUGUGGACACUCGAUGGAUGAAAGACACCGGGCCGCUUGUUUUGGACCGACGGACCACUGGGACGGACGACCAGACCAGUUAUUUGAUGCAGAAAAACGAAAAACGACGCUUUGAUCUGACAAUGAUCCCCAAAAAAUUAACUGAGGGACAAAACUGUGGACUAAGGAGAACAAAGAGGGAUAUCAAAACACUGGAUUUAGCAUUUUUUAAAAGUCUAUUUCAAGAGAGAAUUUAUCCGUAGAUGAGCGGUAGAUGAAACAACAGAACAAAGGGACAAAGAAACAACAGCGUUGAUAGUUCUCCCUGGACGUGGUCCAGUCCAGCCCCUUAUCCAUAAGAAAGGCUUAGCGCUGCAUUGAGGCCAGUGUUCCUCACGCCCGGCCCGGGAGAUGGGCCGGAGCGCGUAGCUCAUAUCCGGUGAAUAACUACUGAACGGCAAAUUAGCGUCCAAAUGCUCU